GCAUGCUUUAUAUGCGCCACGCGCUCGUGUGUAAACACAUUAGGACAAUUUAUAUAUAAAACAGUAUACAACAUUCGUUAAUGGUCCUGUAGGAAGGAGCUUGUUCUGUUGACAGACAGAGGCUUCAAUUCCGCGAGUAGGCUACAGUUUGCAAAACUGUGCGAACGGAUUGCGAAAGCGUGGGCACAGAUUAUGAAUUCGUGGGUACAGAUUUCAAAAACUGAGGGGAAGGUUUACAAAACCGAGAGCUCGUGGGUACAGUUUAUUAAUCCGAGAGCACGGUUUUGUAAACUGUGGGUACAGUUUAUUAAUCCGAGAGCACGGAUUUUUAAACUGAGGGAACGAAUUACAAAACUGUGGCCACGGAUUUGCGGGUCUUGUUUUCUUUUCUCCGAGGGGUGACCAGACGGGCUCCGUACAGAUGGGCUCCGUAGUACGGAAAGUCAUGAUUAUCCGAUUAAUUUAAACAUUGUUGAUCCCACAAAGUUGGCUAACAACCAACUUAGGCUCGCGCAUACUCCUCUAAACAUUGGCAACGAACUGAGGCGGGACCACCUCGCUACCUCCCACCAUCGAGCUUCGGUUAAGUGGUGACUGGCUGCUUUUAAAACAUUUCGGAAAUACUUCUGGUGUUGCCGAGGCUGAUUCUCUGACAUUUUUAAACAGAGAAUCCGUCUGUUCUUACGUUAAAGGAAAGGUUUAUUAGUUUUAAAGGUUACUGCGCAUUGGCAUCGGCUGCGUGGUUGCAAGUGCGCACCUUCGAGUUUGAUGUCCGUUUGUAGUUUGUUCACUUCACAGUUGUUACGAUGUUUUUGGCGAAUUAUCUGUUCGUCUGGAGCACGCUGCCGUUUGCGGCGUCUUCAAUUGUCAAAGUGCCAUCCGGACCUGUUACGGUGGCCCGUGGGGCAACAGCUUCUCUUCCUUGUGAAUUCACAUCAGACCACGACCCCUCAGCACUGGUGGUAACAUGGCAGCGAGUGGAGGACAACCGUGUUGUUCACAGCUAUUACUACCAACAGGACCAGCUGGGCCGACAAAGCUCAGAUUAUAGAAACCGCACAGAGUUAAAUCUCAAACAGAUUGUGGAAGGAAAUGCCACUCUGGCAAUAUCAAACUUUGGACCGGAAGAUGACGGCGAGUACCUGUGCGUAGCAACCAACAGCUUGGGAUCACAUAGAGGAGUGGUGCGGCUGAUCUAUGCGGUCUACUAUUCAGAGCCGAGGUUAAGCAUCCAUCUCAACUCCAACGAUGUGACCAUCCAAUACGAGACUGAAGGAUUUCCAAAGCCAGAGGUGGUGUGGCAGGACUCAGGAGGCCAGAAUCUCUCUGACCAGUCGGAGGUCUUGUCUGAAGAUAAAAGGCUUUACUUCUUAAGAAGCAGUUAUGUAACAAAGAAUCCAGCAUUUAACAUCACCUUCACUCUGAAAAACCCUGCGGUUCAUCAGGAGAUGCAGAGACAUGUGAUUUUCAGCAAAGAUGGAAGCAAAGGCAUUCAUAUACCUGUUGUGAUUCUUGGCAUUUUGUGUGUCACCUUCAUGUGCUCUACAUGCGUUCUGUUAUGGUUACAUUGUCAUAACAAGCAGAAACCACAUGAUGAUAUGAUGGUAAUGCCCAACUCAAAUAAUCAUUGUAAAUGAGCG